AUGGACAAAGACUUUUCCUUUGUCGAGGGCGACGACGACGACAGCGGAAGUGAGUUUAGUGAUGCUGAAGACUAUGCUGAUGACGACGGUCAGGAGGAGGAGGAGGAAGAAGAGGGCUUAGAAAACGGAGGCGAAGAGCAGCAGCAGAAUGAUGACCAAAAACAACUGCAAAAUGGCAAGCCGAACCGACUGUCCAAGCUGCAGGAGCUCAACAAGUCCUCCAAGUACAAGUCAUCGAUGCACGGCGCAGACAUUCGAAAGCUCAAGAACAAGGAGAAGAAGGAGCGGCGGGAGCGGGCAAAGGAGCUAGGCCUUCCAAAGCAGACGCCACGAACCAUCGAGUCGACCCGCCUACCAAAUGAAAACAUCGUCGAGCCCGGGGACGAGGAGGUGGCGGUGGACGAGUCGCUGGACGAGAUGUCCGCCUACUUUCGCAAGGAGGUCGAGCCGAAGGUGCUGAUCACCGCUGAUGACAAUCCCCAUACGAAGACGAUUCGCUUCUGUCGGGAGCUGCGGAACGCCAUUCCCAAUGCGGAGUUUCGCUUUCGAAAGCGAGCCAGCAUCAAGAAGAUGGUGAAGGCGGCGGCGGAGCGCGGCUACACUGACAUACUGAUAGUGAAUGAGGACUGGCGGAAACCGAACGCCCUCCUCCACAUCCACCUCCCCGACGGCCCCACCGCCUACUACCGCCUGAGCAGCAUCCGCUACGUGCGGGAGAUCAAGCGGCGCGCCCAGUUCAACAACAGCCGCCCCGAGGUGAUAGUGAACAAUAUGACCACCCGCCUAGGCCACACCGUGGGCCGCAUGCUCGCCUCGCUCUUCCACUACGAGCCCCAGUUCAAGGGUCGCAAGGUGGUGACCUUCCACAACCAACGUGACUACAUCUUCUUUCGCCACCACCUCUACGAGUUCAAGGACGACUCGAAGGUGGCCAUUCGCGAGCUGGGGCCGCGGUUUACGCUGAAGCUGCGCUCCCUUCAGCGGGGCACCUUCGACUCGAAGCACGGCGAGUACGAGUGGGUUCUGAAGCGGCACGAGCAGGCGGGCGGCGAAAAUCGAAGGCGGUUCUUUCUCUAA